CUGAGCCAAAUAAAACUUGCUGCGGUAAAUAUUUAAAGGGAAAAACCACUGUUACAGUUAAAAGUCUAGAUUAAUAGAAGUCAUUUCAUAAAAUACUAGGCACAUUAUUAUGCUCUUGAAUUUGUUUGUAAUGAUAGAAAUGAAUAUAUCGUACAUCAGAGCUUGAGUUUUGCAGACACAAUAUUAUUUUUUUUAUAAUACUUUUAGGCAAAUGACCUAGAGCCAAGAAAAAAAAGGUACGCGCAAGGGGGGACAACUAUUUUCGUCUAUAUUCUUCAAAAUGGCGACCUCCAGUGAUGGUGUCUCUGGAACGUCUCCACAUCUUGUUGAUGACUUCGAAUCUGCGUUCCAAAAUUGCAUCUCUUUAUUAACAUCUCAAGAACAUUUCAAUGUUCAAGAUCCUGAAGAAACGAAAGGAGGGGUGGAGAACAGUGUCCAGCGCUUCUUGGAAUCAGCAAGACAAAUGGAAACAUUCUUCCUGAAUAAACGACUUGUUUUGUCUGUUGCAAAACCAGAACAUGUAUUGAAUGAGGAUAUUACAGAGUUGAGAACAGAGCUGGAACGCAAAGACAAGCUCAUUGAAAAGCAUCAUGAGAAGUUGCAAAAAUGGCAAGCCCUCUUACGGUCCAAUGCGCCUCCACCAUCUACAACACCUUCCAGCCCUUUUCCUGGGACACAAACCCAAGCCCACCAGACAAUGGCAACGGGGCCCUCCAUGCCCCAGACUACCCCGAGUGGACCACAAAUGUCCGGCCCGCAGUCUUCCCAGGGCAUGAUGGGUCAGCAGGUGGGCAGCAUGGCUCCAGGCCAGUACCCAGGCCCUCCAGCAGGCCAUCCGGGACAGUACAACAUGCCACCCCCUGCAUAUCAUCAAGGACCUUUAGCAUUUUUAGAGAGAAUGUGAGUGAUGUGUUUAUCGAACUCAAAAA